AUGGCAAUAUCAGUGGUAGAUUCAAAGUUACAACAAAAAGAAGUGGAAGCGAUGAAACGUGCCGCAUUCUUCGGUAUCACAGUAUCAACGAUGGCUACGUUGACAGCGAUCAUUGCUGUACCUCUUCUGUAUAACUACAUGCAACACGUACAAUCGUCCCUCGAGGGUGAAGUUAAUUACUGCAAAUAUUUAACAGAUGGUUUAUGGCAACAGUUUGAUAAGGUACAAAUAUUAACGGAGAAUGUUAACAUCAAUAAUCGUUUGAAAAGAUACGUAAACCGUCGACAGGUCAACAGAAUGAAACGAAGGAGAAAAGAAGCGCACGCAGUUCCAACAUAUUCGGUGGAAGAUGAAAUUGGCGGAUAUAGUGCUGAGGAUGAGGAAGAUGAUGAGGAAGAAGGGGAAGAUUUGGAGAGGGAGGAAACGGAAGAAGAGGACAGCAGAUUUGCGCUAACAAAAGAAGAUGUGACAAGAAGUGACAGGAUGAUAUAUGAGCAGAGUGGCAUUGGCAGAAAUAACACAAAAUAUAUCAAAACAUCUGGAAUUUAUGACGAUAGCAAAUUUAGCGGUAUCGGUGCAAGAACUGUGACAGCUGGAACUACUGAAAACGCAUGUUGUAGUUGCGGUGUUGGAGCUGCUGGACCACCGGGUCCUCCAGGACCUGACGGUGAAAAUGGUGCUGAUGGACCACCUGGAGCACAUGGAUCACCCGGUAGAGAUGCCGAGCCAAAUGCAAGACCGAAACCAGAAGAUUUGUGCUUUGAUUGCCCUCCUGGUCCAGCAGGACCAGCUGGAGCUCCAGGACCGAAAGGAUUCCCAGGGCCAACCGGAAAGCGAGGAGUAAGUGGAGGAGGAUCUUUGCUACCAGGACCACCAGGAUCACCUGGGCCUCGUGGACUACAAGGACCUCCGGGACCUUCAGGACCACCAGGGGCUAGUGGUUUACCUGGUGUUCUCAGUGAAUAUCCUGGACCACAAGGGCCACCAGGUCUUCCGGGACCAAUUGGACAACCUGGUAAAGCGGGACAACCUGGUACGAUUGGUAGACCUGGACCUAUUGGUCCAAUAGGGCCACCAGGUGACCCUGGGCCACAGGGUGUCCCAGGAGAAAAUGGGUUAAAUGGAAGGCCAGGAUUAUUUGGCAAGGAAGGGAAACAAGGCUCGUGUGACCAUUGCCCACCACCUCGUACUUCUCCUGGUUAUUAA